GCAAUUAAGUUGGCUAAACAAGAAACACAAUAUGUCUCAAUCUUAUUACUUUGAAUCCUACCCUCCUUUAUUUCGACCACCACCAAACAUCCCCCAAAUUCAAGAAUCCAACUCUGAUGAAACAGAGUCACUUUUAUUAGACUCUCAUAUCCCCGUUAUUGACUAUUUCAAAUGCACAACUCCAACGAUAAGGACAACAAAAUAUCAAGAUGUUAACGAAGAUCGAAAUUUAAUCAGUGAAGCUUGUAGAGAUUGGGGAUUAUUUCGAUUGGUGAACCAUGGAAUUCCAAUUACUUUAUUGAACCAAGUUGAAGAACAUGCUAAAAAACUCUUUUCUUUGCCCUAUGAAACUAAAAAGGCCUUUUUUGCUAAUAGCACCAGCAGCAGCAAUUUUGUUAGCCCCAUUUCCUAUUUUUGGGGCUCCCCUGCUCUAUCACCCUCUGGCGCCGCACUAGCGCCAAAAAAAGGCGCACAAGAAAAUAAUAACCAGAGCUUACAAUGGAUGGAAGGAUUCAAUGUUUCAUUAGCUCAAUUAUCAAAUAUUCACUAUCAAGAUUUAUUGCUCGAAACUUUCAGAUGCUUGCUAGAAGAAUAUGGGAAGGAGCUGUCUAGGGUGGCUACAGAAAUAUUCAAGAUUUUGGGACCAUUUGAGUCUAAUUAUAUGUCCAUAGAGACUGGUUUAUUAAGGGUAUAUCGUUACCCAAGAUGCCUAGAGCCAGAAAGAACGUGGGGAAUUGACACACACACAGAUAGCUCAGUACUUUCUAUAAUUCACCAAGAUGAUGUUGGUGGACUUCAAGUUUACAAAGAUCAUCAAUGGAUUGAUGUCAAUCCUCUCCCUAAUACUCUUAUUGUCAAUAUUGGUGACAUGUUGCAGGCAAUGAGUGAUGAUAGAUAUAUGAGUGUGAAGCAUAGAGUGAAGGUGAAUAAACACAAGGAGAGAAUAUCAAUUGGUUAUUUUGUGUUCCCAGCUGAAGAUACUAUCAUUCAAAGCACAAAGUACAACCCCUUCAGUUACGCAGAUUUUCGAGCACAAGUUCAACAUGAUUUGAAAACACUAGGCCUCAAAACUGGUCUUCAAAAUUUAAAUUUAGUUAAGUAUCUUUAUUUUGAUAGGAAAAUAAAAAAAAAAUGGUUAAAACAAAUUAAUUAGUUCCCUCAGUAUCUUUAGUUGACUGUAAUUUGUACAAGGU